GCUCCUGGCGCAGCCGAGGCCCUCCCUUGAGGUGCCCGAGGCGUGCACCGGCCCCAGCCCGCAGCCCCCAGACCUGACGCUACCCCGCGGGGCGGGGCAGGAGCUGGCGCUUGGGGUGCGCCUGGGCCUGCCGGGCACUUGCGCAAGUUGUGCUGGGCGGCUAUAAGAGGGGCGGGCAGGCAUGGAGUCCCGGAGGAGUCGCGGCGCCAACAGCUGCGAGGCCCAAGAAGCACAUCCCAGGAAGGAAAAUGCGCUGUGGACCCCUGUGCCAAUUCCUGUGGCUUUGGCCCUACCUCUCCUACGUCCAUGCUGUGCCCAUCCAAAAAGUCCAGGAUGACACCAAAACCCUCAUCAAGACAAUUGUCACCAGGAUCAGUGAUAUUUCACACACGCAGUUGGUCUCCUCCAAACAGAGGGUCACCGGUUUGGACUUCAUUCCUGCAGUCCACCCUGUGCUGAGUUUGUCCAAGAUGGACCAGACGUUAGCAGUCUACCAACAGAUCCUCACCAGUCUGCCUUCCAGAAAUGUGAUCCAAAUAUCUAAUGACCUGGAGAACCUCCGGGACCUUCUCCACCUGCUGGCCUCCUCGAAGAACUGCCCCUUGCCCUGGACCAGUGGCCUGGAGACUUUGGCAAACCUAGGCAGUGUCCUGGAAGCCUCACUCUACUCCACAGAGGUGGUGGCCCUGAGCAGGCUGCAAGGGUCUCUGCAGGACAUGCUGUGGCAGCUGGACUUCAGCCCUGGGUGUUGAGCCCAUCAAGGUUGCUCUUCCCCCAAGGACGACAUGGAGGGAAGAAACCUUGGCUUCCAGGUGUCCCCAGGAGAAGAGAGCCUCGUGUGGGCAACUCUUAUCCAGGACUCUGUCCAUUUCUCUCACUGCUUUAGGCCACCCUUGGAUAGGCAUAAGGCCCUAAGCCUCCAUGUUGCUUGAAACCAAAGAUAUAUUUAUAUAUAUAUAUGAUCCCACUCUCACCAUGGAAGGGGGUGGAGGGUCUGUCCAGCAGAGUAGACUAUGUUUGUGAUUCUCACCAAAUUCUUCAGCCAUCAGCAAGACUGUCUUGUCCCCUCCCCAUUUUGUCUCCCUCUCACAGCAUGCUUCAAUGUGACCUGGGGUGAUUUGCACAAUCAGAACAAGAUUCCAUCUAAGA